AUGCGUAUCGGAAUUAUUGGCGGCAGCGGUUUUUAUCAGAUGGAAGGCUUAACAGAUAUCGAAGAAAUCACGGUCGAAACCCCGUUCGGCAAACCGAGCGAUGCUCUUAUUCUGGGCAACCUUGAUGGGAAACCCGUUGUUUUCCUACCCCGGCACGGCGUUGGUCACCGGAUCCUUCCAUCUGAAAUUAAUGUCCGCGCUAAUAUUUAUGCCUUAAAAUCGUUAGAUGUAGAAUGGCUCAUUGCUGUCAGUGCUGUCGGGAGCCUAAAACAAGAAAUUGAACCCCGCCAUUUUGUUGUACCAGAUCAACUCUAUGACCAUACUAAGCAUCGGGAGUCAACCUUUUUCGGUGAAGGCAUUGCCGCACACAUUAGCCUUGCACAUCCCUUCUGCUCGAUCCUGAGUGACUUUUUAUACACGGCGGCGACCGAAGUCGGCACAACCGCUCAUAACGGCGGCACCUACAUCUGUAUGGAGGGACCGGCGUUUUCAACACAAGCGGAAUCGAACGUAUAUCGGACCCUCGGAUUUGACAUUAUCGGGAUGACAGCGGCACAGGAAGCCAAAUUAGCACGCGAGGCAGAAAUCUGUUAUGCUGUCCUCGCAUGCUCUACCGAUUAUGAUUGCUGGCACCCCGAACACGAUCACGUUACCACCGAGAUGAUUCUUGACAAUGUCCAUGCCAAUGUGGAGGCUUCUAAAAAGAUCGUGAGAAGUGCUGUCGCCAAAAUCCCAGAGGAGCAACGGAGCUGCGCCUGUUCAACCGCCCUUCAGUACGCACUCGCUACUCAGCCUGACAAGAUACCGACAGCGAAGCGGCACGAGUUAAAACUUCUGUUGGACAAGUACUUGACGUAA